AUGGAUUUUACUGGUUCCAACGCCAGUCGGAUCAAUAAUUUGUUGAAAAUGGAGAUUGAAAGAAAAUGCAAGUAGAUUCAGAUGGAAGGAUCCUAGAUUUACCCCCUAUUUUUUGCGAAUAACACUUUGAAUUUUAGUAAACUCGGGUGAGACCUACGACGUCUCCAAUCAAUUACUGAAAAGUUCAAAUCUCACCGACUUCAAGGUGAUUGCUGGUGGUAGGGAAUUCAAUGUAAGUCCUAAGGGUCUAUUUCACUUUAAAGUUUUAGGCCUCCAGACUUUUGUUGGCUUCAAAAUCGCAAGUUUUUUGCCGAAUGUUGGAGUCGAGUAUGAGGGAGACGAUAGACGGGGAAAUGACCCUAGACGAUGAUCCCUUUGCAGUUGAGGCCAUGCUGAAUCACAUCUCCAACAAUUGGAGUGUGGACGAUGUUGAUAUUGCUCGGAAGGUGGUCGAAUUGGCUCAUCGGUACGAGUUGCGGGAUCUGAAGGUAAGGUUAUAUUAUUUUACAUUUCUUCUGGCUUUAGGAUCAUUGUGAAGCAGUACUGGCUGAGAAUCUGGAAUUGAAAGGGCUCAAGGAUCGUCUGGACUUGGCUUAUGAAUUGGAAUUGCCACUUCUGCUCAGGAAAUGUUUUCAAUUUGGAUUUUAUCGAUUCAACGGCUUUAACGAGGAGAUUCCAUGUCCGAAAGCCUUGAGAUUGCCAAGUUAUGACUCUCCGAAAACAGUCCAGAUCUCUGUGAAACCUUCUUCCAUAAUGUUGCGUCGAACUGAGACGCGUUCAAGUAAGAUUAUAUCAAAUUAUUGGCAUUUCCUUUUAGAAUUCGCGAUAACUAAUCGAAACCCAGCUGAUGCAACUUUUUGCGAGAUUGAUGUUGAUGCCAGAUACUUUAAACUCGACAAAUACUGUCUUGUUGUACCUCCUAAAGGAUCGGUAACCGUUUCAGCUACUAAAACGUCCGCUCAUUUCGAUAAAACAUCGAUUGGAAUCACGUAUAGGAUGGAUUACAUGGCCAAAGAAGCUGAUGGCAAGCUGUCUCUACCUGUGGUAAACUACUAA